ACGCAAAACUCAUGACCAAUUGUCAUUGCUCAUACACAAAUCGACCGCAUCGUCUGCUAUGUGUUUACCGGUGCUAGCGACCGAACAAUAGGGGGGUAAACAAACAGAUGCAACCAUACGAUACUUGAUUCCAUACGGAGGACAGCGGCGAUCAUCACUUUACACGCUCAACUCACACAGAGAAACAUUUACUCCGCUGAUUUUCUGUCUUUUCAUCUGUUGGAAUUACACUGAAAUACCUUCAAAAUGAAGAAAUAUUUUAAAUGCUGCUCGAUGGCCAUUUCGGCAAAAUUCAUCAUGUUCUGUCUCUCAGUUCUCUUUUGGUGUGGUUCUGCUGGACUCAUGUACCUCGGUAUUGAGAUGUUUACCUACGCUGGAAACAUUCACCACCUUGCCAGCAACUAUUUCUUGACCAUCCCUGCCAGUGUAUGCAUUGGUCUCAGUCUUCUCUUCCUCGUUGUCGGUAUUACUGGCCUUGUUGCUCUCACCAGGGACGAUGCUCAGUGUUUGAGGAGGAUGUUUGUUGCCUUACUGAUGGUUAUUGUCAUUCUGGAGAUCACAGGAGCCGUCCUUGCUAUUGUCUUCAAGGAAGAGAUCAGCAUGGGCAUUGAGAGGGGUGUUAAUAAUACCAUGACACAUUACAAUGAGAAAGAGAACUACCAGAGGUCAAUGGACUAUGUACAGGGACAUCUCGAUUGCUGUGGUUCCCACCAUGCUGAGGACUGGACUACCACACCAUGGGGUAAAGCUCACCCUAACAUGGUUCCAUUGAGCUGCUGUAAGGACAACGCCACGGCCAACUGCACAGGAUCACUGGUCAACGAGCCAUUCAACAUCAACCAUGAUGGUUGUCAAGAAAAGCUUUAUGAAGACAUCCGGGCAUACCUUGUCUACAUCAUCAUCAUUGCAGUUUUUCUCUUCCUUUUACAGUCUAUGGCACUCUGCUGCACUUGUUACUUGGUUUGUAAGAGACCAGACAAACACUACCAACAGAUCCAGUCCUCCAAACGUGAGUCGAGCUAUGGAUACAAGGCUUAAUCAACUACACGAAUAGACUUUAAAGCAUGAAUGUUAUCAAGAAGUCACAAUCCCCCAAAGAAAAUAGCCAGCUUGAAUAAUACAGAGAUCAUCCCAAGAACUGGAAUGACGAUUUUUCUACCAAUGGAGAUACAUUGCAAGUUUGCAGCACACGUUACCUGUUAAUUGUUCUCACAGCUGUGUGAAAGUGGGGAUGUCGCCAUGUACUUGUUUUGUUAUGGAAUAUCAGGUCCUUGUUGCAGGAGGAAUUGAAAUCAAUUGCAACGUGAUGUAAGCCAAUUAGAAGCGCGCCAUUGGACUUUGAUUCUCAUAGUUGCAAUUAAAUGCAAUUCUCCCUGCACAGGGCCUCUGGUCUGUGUUUUGCUGUUCUAUGAAUUUGGCAGUACAUUCACUUUUGUCUUGCUCACUUCAAUAUUCCCUGUAAUUUAUUAUUUUUUCCAUAAGAGGUGCGAUGUCAUAAAAUAUUUGAAAUAAUGGUGAUAAGAUUGAAUCUUCAAAUUCAAACCAGUGUCUUCAUUUCUCACUCAGGUUUUUUCGUCCUGAAGAAAAAGUGUGUGUUUUAAGUAUAAACUUUUGUAUAUCUAUAUUACACUCUAUGUGAAUUUUGUAAGAUAAAUGUCUUCUUUGGGAUGGUAUAACAAAUGUGUGUACUCAUAGCAUGUAUAUAUUUGAAACUUAAUUCAUUUCCCAUUCACUGCCCAUGAAGACUAGAAUAUAUUGGAUGACUCUGGUGGGAAUUGCCGAUUGGAUAUAAAAAACAACUUAUUUAAUGUGUAAUGCCCAUUGGCCCAUACAUAUUGGAGGACUACGAGAUUUUUAAAUAGUGCAACUGCACAUUUUUUAUUCAAUACAUACAUGCACAUCAUGACCAACCAAUAAUGGCUUUUUUAAUCAAAUAUUCUCACCUUUUGAAUGUCAAAUGUUCUCACCUUUCGAAUGUCAAAUGUUCCAUUUUUUUUUAAAUUUAGACGAGAUAGAAACUUAAUCCUCUUCGAAUAAUUAGGAACUUUCUUGAUAUCAUUUUAUAAUGAAGAUCUGUUACCAUGCUUUUAUUUCUUUUAUAUAUUUAUGAAUAUCUCAUUUGAUAUCAUGCACCAUGUGAAAGUGAAGUUAACACAAAGUACUAUGUAUUGUUGUAUUAUAUGUAUAUUAAAACUCAGAUUGUUCAUAUA